AUGACCAAGCGCACGAAGAAGGUCGGCAUCACGGGCAAGUAUGGCACCCGAUACGGCGCCUCUCUGCGAAAGCAAGUGAAAAAGAUGGAAAUCACACAGCAUGCGCGCUACACCUGCCAAUUCUGCGGAAAAAAUAGCGUCAAGCGCGAGGCUGUCGGAAUCUGGAAAUGCAGGAGCUGCCGCAAGACCACCGCCGGAGGUGCCUACACCGUCUCGACUCCGGCCGCCGCCGCUACGAGGUCCACGAUCCGACGACUGAGGGAGAUUGCUGAGGUCUAGAGCGGGGCGGGACACAUGGGUUGGAGGAGUUCAUCGACAAUGUUUCUUUAUGCGGGCGGUCAUAUCGAGCGUGAAAUGGCUCGCAUCAGCAUGCAGGUUCCGAUCGUGUCGGUUCUGUAACGAUCAUCGGUUUAUCAGGAUUCUUCCAAAAUCAAUGGCAUAAAUCACGAUUGAUGGAUUCAAUGGCCUGGGGGCAUUACGUGCCGAGCUUUUGUGUGAUCUUGGAGACACUGAUGUGAAUCAGCACCGGAACUACGCUAUCAAGAUCCUUCCCGCAUUGCCGCCGGGUUGCAGCGCCUUCACUUUUCCAUUCGCUACGCCGUUACCGUUUGCAUACGCCCCACCCUUUGACGCAUUACGUGGUCUUCGCGCUCCCAAGAGG